GCGCCAGGCCCAAGCCAGCGGUAGAGGAUUGCCGAGCCACGGCCUGAGCGGUGAGAUGGCGGGCAGUGUGUAACUCGGGGUUUUGAAGUUUUGCGGCCCUUGGGCCGUUCCCUUCGGAAGUGAUCAUAAUGUCACACAGAGGAGGUGAUCGAGACUUGCAGUCUUCAGCUCGCAGGAUGGGUACGUCCCUGCUGUUCCAGCUGUCUGUGCAUGAACGAGAGCUGGAUCUAGUAUUCCUGGAUCACAGCUAUGCCAAGCCUUGGAGUGCUCACCCAGAUGCUAGCAAUGCCCGUCCAACACGCACCCUCUUUAUCACACCACGGAGGCAGCAGGAAAGUACAUUAGAAACAGAUGUGCCCAUCGAUGUUGAGACCAUCAACCCCACGCCUAUGCCAUUAUAUGACAAUCAGAAGGCACGAAGUGUGAUGAACGAAUGUGAGCGUCAUGUAAUCUUUGUGAGGACAGACACAGAAGCACCUCCACCUCCCGAUGACUGGGAAGACCAUGUCAACAGGUCUGGUUGGAGUACUUCUCAGAACAAACUUUUCAACAAGAUCCUGAAAGCUCUUCAAUGUGAUCGGCUUGCUCGACUUGCUAAUGAUGGGGCCUCCAAUGAACCAGUGUUACGAAGGAUUGCAGUGGAUAAGUGUGCACGACGUGUACGCCAGGCUCUUGCUUCAGUGAGCUGGGACACAAAGCUGGUCCAAUGGUUACAUGGAACUUUAGUGGAGACACUCAGUCUUCCAUUGCUUGCUGCAUAUUUGGAUGCUCUGCAGACUCUUAAAGGAAAGAUCCCAGGUCUAAUAGACCGAAUGUUGCUCACCUCCACCGUCAGAGCAGGAGGGGCAAGUGCAGAAGCCCUUUCCUUGCUUCUCAAGAGGCCAUGGGACCCAGCAGUUGGAGUCUUAUCACAUAACAAACCGAACAAGCUUCCUGGCUCACCCCUUAUCCUCAUUGCUCCCUCUGGACCAACCAGCUCUGUAUUCCCUACAUCAAGAAGGCACCGGUUUUGGCAGUCUCAGCUCUCCUGUUUGGCCAAGGUCAUUCCAGUUGGCACUCAGUUGCUGAAUAGUGGCAGUGGGGUGUCUUCAUUGCAGUGCCUGGAAAACAUGAUUAGUGCAUUGCGGGGAAAAGUCCUUGAGAUUCACAGUCACUUCCCACACAAACCAGUUAUCCUCAUUGGGUGGAAUACAGGGGCAUUGGUUGCCUGCCAUGUGUCUUUGAUGGAAUAUGUGACUGCAGUUGUCUGCCUUGGAUUUCCUCUGCUCACUAUGGACGGACCACGAGGAGAUGUGGAUGAUCCUCUACUUGAUAUGAAGACUCCAGUGCUCUUUGUGAUUGGCCAGAAUUCCCUUUUGUGCCAUCCUGAAGCAAUGGAAGAUUUUCGAGAGAAGCUCAGAGCUGAUAACAGUCUUGUUAUUGUGGGAGGGGCUGAUGAUAACUUGCGGAUAAGCAAAAUAAAGAAGAAGACAGAGAGCCUGACACAAAGUAUGGUGGACCGAUGUAUCCAGGAUGAGAUUGCUGAUUUUCUGACUGGGGUCUUGACCCGAUCUGAAGGUCACACUGGCUCGGACCCCAGAGACCUUGAUGCUGAAAAAAAGAAAAAGUCCCGUGAAUUCUUACGGAGAGACCUUUCUCUGGACUUGUCAGAGAGGAACAGCAGACCUGCCUCCCCAGCAGCAAGAUUCCCUGCUUCCCCUUCUGGAUCUGAGGAUCUAUCUAGCAGUCCAGCUUCCAGUCCAAAGACCAAAUUAACUACCAUCCCCACCCCUCAUAAACCAGGACAGACCACAGUGCCUCUGAAAGCCCAGCUGCAAAGACCAGGAACACCAGUGAACCCCAAACAAUCACAAGCCCAGUUUGCUGCUUUCCUGAAGCAAAACAUGCUAGUGAGAAAGUCUCUAACUACAGGGUCACCCUCUUGUGUUUUCGUUCCUGUUUCAUCAGAAUCAUCAGAGGCCAGUGAGAAGGAUGACGGCAGACAACUUAAAAGACCUCCCAGUCCAGGAAGUACUGCUGGUUUAAAACCUUCUAAGCGAGCCAAAAUUAAAGUGACUAUAGUUUCCCAUGGGGAUGCAGCAGGAGGGGGAACUUCAACCUCACAGGAUGUCGCUAAAUCUACAUCUGCAACUGUCCAGUCUACAAUGGGCAGCAAGGACCUGACAAGCCUACUCACUACACCCAAAUUGGGCCUUGAAACAGCACCAUCCAGCUCAUCCCACUCGGCAAUAAUCACAAGUACGUCUACACUUAGUGCGUUUCACUCCCUCCAGGGUCGCCUAGUAUCCAGCAUUGCCCCUGGUGCCCACAGCCAGUCAACCAACACACUAUCAGGUUCAAGUACCGGAGCCUCCGCAAGCAGCUUGUUGCAUGGGUUAAGUUUUAGUCUACAAGACAUUGGAGGCAAAUCUCCAGCUCUCCCCAACACCUCUUCAGCCACAGUACCAAGCACUCAGACCAUGACAGUUAAAGCUCCUGGCUCUAUCCAAGGUUUAGCCAGUAUAACUACUGCAGCAGGCACAAUACUGCGUACCAUCCCUGUAGUGACUUCGUCGUCACUCGUGGCAUCAUCUGGUGGAAAACCUACCUCCAUUCAUCAAUUGCUAACAAAUGGGGGUCUAGCGAAACUGGCAAGCAGCUUACCUGGCUUGGCCCAGUUAUCGAGCCCAGCUGCAGGUUUAAAGGCCCCAACCACCAUCACAGUCACUCUUCGUGGUCAGCCUAGCCGUGUUACUACUCUCAGCCAGGCGGGAAUGGGAGCUUCUCAGACCAAGCAAGAAGAUGGCACUCAUCAAAUAGCCAUUGACUCUUCUUCCAGCUGCACUGUCUCCGCUAGCAAACUUCUGCCCCCAUCUGUGACAGAACAGUGCAAGGCGUCUGCGACCAAUGACAGAACAGCCAAUGACAAAUCCUUGUCUAUAGUGCGGGCAAUGACCCCUCCAGCAGUGACUACUAGUCCCCCUAAGACUCUGUACGUCAUGUCUGAUGCCAAGCUCUCCGCGCUGACAAAGUCUGUGGGCAGUGACCUGGCUUCUCUACCGCUGAAACCAAUGACCCUUCAAGGAUCCUCUGGUGUUCCUCCUGGAGCUGUGACUUUCACCACUCCAUCUCUGACAAACACACCAAAUCCGACUUGCACAGUAGUGUUGUCGAAAAUUGGUCCCGUUCUGCAAGCCCCUCAGAAAACCGUUAUCCUAGCAAAAGCAGAGGCAGGAGAAAAGACAUCUGGAAACCAUGUGAUGGGAGCAGUAGAGAGCCUGGGCAGGGUCCCCUCUGUUAUUGAUGAGGGUAGCACCAUUCUUCACAGCCGUGAGUCCCUUGUCAAUAGACAGCUUCUGCAGCCUACCCUAAUAGCACUGUCUGGCACAAGCAGCAUGCUUCACAAUACAGGGACAUCUAACAACCAGAAAUCACAAUGAACCUUGAAAUGAAAACUUCCCUGACUGGUAAUGUGAGGCCUAAGGCAUAACUGUAUGAUCAAAAACAUCUUUGCGCACUCGAUACUGGAGUCUGCUAGAGAAGACUCUUCUGCCAGGAGACGAAACAAGAAUGGCAAAAUCAAGAAAAUCAUUAUGCUGUCAAUUUUGCAUCUGUUCUCCUGACAAAUAACAGCCAUGAAGGAAGCCUAGGGCAAAGGGUUUUUGCAAACCAAAGUUGUUUACUAAUUAAGUAAUUUCUAAUGCGUAUCCUUGCAAUACCAGCUUCUAUGCAGUGCCUCAAGCAGGUAGUUAUUGCCUGCUAAUUAAAGUCAUAUUGGAGUCUAUUCACAAAAGCAUGAGUUUACAAUCAUCUUGAAGAUUGCAGACUAAAAUAGAUGAGAAAAAUCUUCAAUUCAUCUGGGUUAAUAGGGUUUUUUUUCCUACCAACUCUGGGGUUUUGUAAGUUUGUUCUCAACUUACCACAACUCACUGUAUACCCAUUUGUUUCAGGACUGUUUUAAACACUGUGUUGGACUCUUUCGAAACCAUGUUCUUUAUUUGUUAUGUCAUAAACUCUACAGCAUUCCACUGAUUUGAAUUACUGUCGGAAGCUCACAUGCUUGUGAACUACAUGUCCUGUGAUGCGUAAAUGGAGCACAAGCAUGUAAACUGUCAUGGACAUCCCUUACUCCACGGGGGUCAGAUCAGUAGAUUGCAGUAUAGAAUAUGGCAUUCUGUUAUUUUGAGAUACCAGAGCCUUGUACUAAAAAACUGUAUUCCUAACACUAUAGUGUCCUUCUGCGACCCCCCGCCUCCUCGGCGCCAAAUAAAGGGUUAAAUAACAUUCUUACACUUACCUGAUUCCAUCUCCAAGGUCCCUCAGUGCUGGCUCUGCUCCUCCACCUCUGACAUCAACUGAUGGGGGGACCUAAUGCUCAUGGCACACAUUAGGCCUUUCCCAUAGGAAAGCACUGAGUAAAUGCUUUCAUAUGGGGACUUAGAAGGCACUGGACGUAUGAAAUUAUGAGGACAUCCAGCGUCAUUUUACAGAGUCAAACCACGUGAAAGUUCUGGAAUGCCUCCAAACAGCCUCAAGGCUUCUUUGAAACUGUAAUGUUUGCAGCUACAGGGCUAGAAUGAUAGGGACAUUUGACCAAUUCAAUAAGAUAAAGUGGUCUGGUGCCUUUAGUGUCCAUUAAACAAGGCUUGAACUGUAUAUAUUUCCCAUCAGCUAAAUGACAAGAGCAUUUUUCAAUCCAAGUUGUAUAGAAGGCUGAAGAGCUCUUCCAGUAAAGCCACUGUUUAAGUUAUUUAUACAGUAUGUAACCAAACUAGAAAGGUUGUUUUAGACCUAUGAGACAUUGUCUUAUUUUAUUUUGUUUUGCUGCUUAAAUUAAUUUGACAAAUGUGAACACUUUUCAUUUAACAAUCUGAUAGUUUCAGUAUUUGUUUUGUCUGCAGAAAAUAUUUUACAAAUGUAUUUGUAUUAUAAAAACCAUUUUACAGUAAGGGAUUAGAUAAAGUUACAGAUACAUGUAAAUCAAGUUAUAUUUUAACCUUGCUAUGUGAGAUAUCACCAGGGUCAAUUUGUGCGUGUAUAACUGUAAAUGCAUUUGCAUAUCUUUGUUUCACUACUACUGUUAUGAACUUUCAAGUUUUUGUUUAAUUCAUUUAUCCAUCACAAUAUUUUUUAAAGAAACACUCUAGGUUGCAAAUAUUUUUUCUUGGUUACACAAGAUUUAUUAUGCAUUAAAAACAUUAAUUUGAA